GCGCAGUGAGAGGCAGCACUUAAGCCGCCGCCCCUUUCCUUGCCCUCGAUCCUUCCUCCUCUCUUUCUCUUCCUCUUCCUCUCUUUCUUCUCACCACCUUUUGGCUCCCUCCCUCAUCCAAUCUAUCUCAUCGUUAUUCACUAAUCUAUCGCAAUGGAAGACGAAGUUGCUGCCCUCGUCAUCGACAACGGUUCGGGAAUGUGCAAGGCCGGUUUCGCCGGUGAUGACGCCCCGAGAGCUGUCUUCCCCUCGAUCGUCGGUCGUCCCCGUCACCAGGGCAUCAUGGUCGGUAUGGGCCAGAAGGACUCGUACGUUGGAGACGAGGCCCAGUCAAAGAGAGGUAUUCUCACCCUGAGAUAUCCUAUCGAGCACGGUAUUGUCACCAACUGGGACGAUAUGGAGAAGAUCUGGCAUCACACUUUCUACAACGAGCUCCGAGUUGCGCCUGAGGAGCACCCGAUCCUGUUGACUGAGGCUCCUAUCAACCCCAAGUCCAACCGUGAGAAGAUGACCCAGAUUGUGUUUGAGACCUUCAACGCGCCUGCUUUCUACGUCUCGAUCCAGGCUGUUUUGUCGCUCUACGCUUCCGGACGUACCACUGGUAUUGUUCUUGACUCUGGCGAUGGUGUUACCCACGUUGUUCCUAUCUACGAGGGCUUCACUCUCCCGCACGCUAUUCUCCGUGUUGACAUGGCUGGUCGUGAUUUGACUGAUUACCUCAUGAAGAUUUUGACUGAGCGAGGAUACGGCUUCAGCACGACUGCCGAGCGUGAGAUUGUCCGUGAUAUCAAGGAGAAGCUUUGCUACGUUGCGCUUGACUUUGAGCAGGAGUUGCAGACUGCUGCUCAGAGCUCUAGCUUGGAGAAGUCGUACGAGCUUCCUGACGGACAGGUGAUUACUAUUGGAAACGAGCGUUUCCGCUGCCCUGAGGCUUUGUUCCACCCGUCUGUGCUCGGACUUGAGGCGGCCGGAAUCCACGAGACUACAUUCAACUCGAUCAUGAAGUGUGAUCUUGAUGUGCGUAAGGAUUUGUACGGUAACAUUGUGAUGUCUGGCGGUACUACUAUGUACCCCGGAAUCGCGGACCGAAUGCAGAAGGAGAUCACUGCGCUUGCGCCUUCGUCGAUGAAGGUGAAGAUCAUCGCUCCCCCUGAGCGCAAGUACUCUGUGUGGAUCGGAGGAUCUAUUCUUGCGUCGCUGUCUACAUUCCAGCAGAUGUGGAUCUCGAAGCAGGAGUACGACGAGUCUGGACCUUCGAUUGUCCACCGCAAGUGCUUCUAAGGAGAUAAUCUCUUGAAGAUGAAAUGUUGAGAUUGUUAUGUUGAACUGUUAGAUGAUGAGAAUUGUGUUUUUCUAUUAUAUAUUAUUAGUAGUUAAGAUAUGAGAUAUUGCCAUAGCAGAUUAGAUAAAGUGUAGUAAGAUGGUAGAGAAGAGCAAAGAGAAAGCCGAAGCCGAUAUGGAGCCGAUGGUGCUUAUAAAUCUGGAGGAAGAGAAAAGCCGAGGAAGAAGGAAGAGGAGAGAGAGUAGAUAGAGGAGAAGAGAAGAGAAGUCUCGGGAUUUGCCCGCAGUGGCGAGACGAGUCUAGAUGUGAGUAGAGAAGAAGAGAAUAGAAGUAGUAUAAUGAAGCAGAUAUAUUGAAUAGAAGUAGUUGAUAGUAAUAGUAGU